AGGAUUUGCCUAAGAUCAUGAAGGAUUUGCAUCUGGAAUACUUUGAGGAGGCAGCUAGAUUUUUACAGCGUCACCCAAAGGUGAAAGGGCCAGGGAUUGGAGUGAUUGGGACAGGGAAAGGGGCAGAACUGGCAUUCUCCAUGAUUACUUUCCUGCCACAGGUGGUGGCAGCUGUCUGUAUAUCUGGCUGUAGCUCCAAUACCAUCACUGCUCUUCACUAUGGUGAGCUGACUCUGCCUGGGCUGCGCUUUGACAUGAGCAAGAUCAGCAUUUCUGAGGCUGGUGUGUUUGAUAUUUUUGAAGCUCUGGAUGACCCAAUGGAUCCAGCUAAUUCCCACUGCCUAAUCCCCAUAGAAGAAGCAGAAGGUCAUUUUCUCUUGGUGGUUGGAGAAGAUGAUCGCAAUUGGAAGAGCUCUUUCUUUGCAGAGAUGGCAAUUGGACGCCUGCGCCAACAUGGAAAAGACAACUUUAAACUUUUGAGUUAUCCAGGAGCAGGCCAUCGGAUCGAUCCACCCUUUUUGCCACUUUGCUCAGUAGCCCUGGACCGUGUCCUAGGGUUGCCUAUUCUAGGUGGUGGGGAGAGAAAAGCACAUGCACAUGCACAGGAACACUCCUGGAAGAAGAUUCGGGAGUUUCUGCACUUACAUUUGGGAUGAACGCCUCACUACCUGAAAGCUGCCACUUAAUCACAGGGGGCUGAGAAAUGAGACACCCAAUGGACUACAAGACUAGAGAGUCUGACUCAGAAAGACAGAAAAACUCGAUACGUAUUUGUUGGUCAAAUGACAACUCAGUGGCAGAUGUAAACACCGAGGAGGGUGAGGAUUUGUUUAAGGUUGUUGAAAAUGCUGUAACUAGUGUUGGGGAGAAAUGUAAUAAUGGAAAACUUCAAUGUUCAUGUUAGUAAAAGUUUUCCUAAUGCCAAGAUCACUUUAGACUGGGAAAUAAUCACCUGAGGAAGGUGACAGAAGUCCCCUCACUUGUGGCAUGUAAAGGAACCCAGCACCCUGUCCAAGCUAAGAAUGUUAACUAGUGGUUAACUGACUAGUUAAGCAGUCGAUGGAAAUUCCAACAACUACUGGACUAGUCGAUAGGCACUUCCACAUUCCUCCUUUGAAAUGUACAAGAGUCCCUGGUGGGGCUCUUGUACAUUUCAAAGGAGGAAUGCAGAAUUCCAUGUGCAGCCCAGGGCCAGCGGGAAGUCCCGCUGACUUCGGGCUGCACUCGGGUCAGCUUUGAAAUGUACAAGAGUCCCUAGUGGGGUCAGCUGGAGACUCUCUAGCUGAUGCCAGGCUCCACGCGCAACAGCGCCGGAAAGCUGAUCCCUGGCUCGUUUGAAAGGGACAGCGUCGCACUGCUGAGCUGGGGAUCAGCUGUGUGGCUGCCCCUUUGAAACACCGAGGUGGAAUUUCAAAGGGGCAGUGCCACACAGUUCAUCCCCAGCUCAGCUGUGCGGCGCUGCUGCUUUGAAGUACCCCCUCUUCCAUUAGCCAUGACACCCCCCCUUUGCUGCCUCUCUCUGAUAGAGACAGCAAGGGGGGGAAUCGACUAGUCAACUGACUAUCCAAUAAGCAUUUGCUUAUUAGAUAGUCGAUUAGUCCUUAACAUGUCUAGUCCAGGCCUGCAGAAAACAGCAGUCAAGAAGACUGGCCUGCAUCUAGUGGAAUGAUGGCAGUCCUAGAUGGUAAGAUUUGGAAUCAGCAAUGCCCUGUAAACUGGCAACAUUUGCCUCACUGUUUAGGAUUUGAAUCCAACUAGUUCAGCUCAAAUGUUUUCCUGUAGUGUGUCCCCCCAGGGAGCACUCUGUUCUAAAGCUUUGACUGUUUGCUCUGCCUCGUUUGGAAAACUUUUCUAUUAGAACUUUAUCUGGGAUGCAUACAUGGAUAGUUGUUGGACAUAUUGAUGUUAUCGUUGUUCAUUAUCACUGAGCACAGCCAAUGGCUCCUUACACACCAAUUGGUUGCAGAGACGAAAGAUGAAGCGUUUUCAAUGCACGCUAAUGAGUGGGAUAGCACCAGUAGUGAUUUAUUAGUGAGGUUUUCAUGAGGGACUUACCUCUAUUGUAUCAUAAUCUCUUGGCUGGCAGGUAAUACUUGGUUAGUGGAUAUUACUGUUCCACUGGGUAGCUUGGUUAAAUGCAGAUUUGUUAUAUGCUUUGAUAUUUCUGUUUCCUUCUUCCUUCUUGAAGUUUAGUCUUCUAAUUGCAUGUUUUUAUAGUAGUAAUGACUGUAGUUAAAUGAGGGAUACGAGGAAUCCAGUUAUUUUGGAAUUACCUUGUAUACUAACUAGCUGAUAGUGAUAGCCACUAUUGAGAAGGAGCAGAAGAGUUGAUUGGUGAAUUGAAAGAAUGCAGGGAGCCUGGCCAAAAGGAGGCAAUAGAGUUAUAUUGGCUGUCAAACAGUGACCAGCUUAAGAAUCAAUCAAAAAUGAAAAAAUCCUGAGAAAUUCUCUCCUAGCUGCCUGGAAAAGAGGGAGCUAUUGUACACAGGGCUGCCAGGGGAUUAUGUUUCCAAUCUAAUUAAUUUUAGACUAGUGCCUCCCCUCUUGUCAGGUUAGGAGCCCCACCUCCAUCAUCUUGAUAGAAGGGAAUCACAAUUUCUUCUUUACUUAAUAUUUUUUACCUCAGUUAGUUCUCUGAAAUAGUGGUAGUGCUGGAAGCUUGGUUCCCAAGCUCCACUUCCAGCACAAUUCCCUUUCCAUGGUCCCUGUUGUCAGAGCUGCUUAAAAUUGCUGCCUAGGAGCUUUUACUUUUAGCUGUCACUAUGCUGGUGUUUUAUGCUUAUUGACUUCAUGUCAUCUAAGUCACAUGUGCACUAUGCACAUCAUCUUGAGUGUUCAUCUC